AUGGCGGCUUCUAUAUUGAUACCACGUACUCUGCGUGGUUCGAUCAUCAGAACUACCUUCUACCCAAUUCCAUUCCCUCACACAAGGCGCCACACAACAUCCCAGAUACCACAAAAGUCAUCAUGGAAACAUCCUACCUACACAAAAGAUCAUAUCACCGCCGUCGAGCCCGCACAUCGUAAGCCCGACACAUGGCAAGAUCGAGUCGCUCUCCAAAAAGUACGUUUCCUACGCCGGGGCAUGGACUUUGCAACCGGAUAUAGAUCUUCAGGGCCAACCACCAUACUCAACGAGGAUAUGACGGAAGAAAAAUGGCUUCGGAGAUUUAUAUUCCUUGAAAGUGUUGCCGGUGUACCAGGCAUGGUAGCCGGAAUGCUCCGUCACCUAAAAAGCCUACGACAGAUGCGCAGAGACAACGGAUGGAUCGAGACUCUCCUCGAAGAAGCCUACAAUGAGCGAAUGCAUCUGCUGACAUUCCUCCAAUUGGCCCAACCAACCCCCCUAAUGCGCUUCAUGGUCCUAGGCGCCCAAUGCGUAUUCUUCACCGGCUUCUCAGUCGCAUACCUCAUCUCCCCACAGAUUUGUCACCGCUUCGUGGGGUAUUUAGAAGAGGAGGCUGUUAUCACAUACAGCAAGGCGAUUCGGGACCUCGAUAAUGGGCGGCUUCCACGGUGGGAAUCACUGCGGGCGCCUGAUAUGGCCGUGAGAUACUGGGAGAUGCCUGUUGAUCAGCGGUGCAUGCGCUCUUUGUUGCUUUAUGUGAGGGCUGAUGAGGCGAAGCAUUGUGAGGUCAAUCAUACGCUUGGGGAUUUAGAUCAGAAUUUGGAUUUGAAUCCCUUCUCGGUUAGGGUUGAACAGAUGAGAAAGGGUGAAGUCAAGGCUGAGCUGUGA